CUACUAUGGGUCCCAGGCCAGGCCAGUCCAGCUCCAGGAUGUCAAGUUCACCGAUGAACAGAAGAGACGCCUUCUGGGGACUCUGUUUCCGAAGAUGGAGGUUCAAGGGCGUGUCUUGGAAAACUGUAAUGAGCACCUUCGGAACCUCAUCGAAUUGAUCUGCAAAUAUGGCAAGCGACCCAAUCCACAUGAAGUCGAAGGGGCCGUCGAUGCAAUAAUGUCGGUGAUGAACCUGGUGCGCAGGUACCCGGCGGAGCCGUGGCACAUGAUGGCAGAGCGGUUGCAUCCUCUGCAAGAGAAAUCUCGACUGAGAACCAACUUUAUCGCGAUCUGCGCGGUAUUCUUCUGGUUCCGUGUUGACUACGUCUGCGGGACCUCGACGAAGGCACCAGCAGCAUAUGGAGUAAUGAGCGAACCAUCGUCGACAAUGUGGCGAGUCUUUUUCCCAGCUCUACGCCGACAAAAGAAGUGCGCUCCGGCUCGAUUCCAAGUCACGACUUCACAGGACCUAACAUCUCCCGCUUCUAUGGAGUCCAGAUCGAGAGGACUCAUUCUCUGGAUCAGCACCUCCAGCUCCAUACUAUCUACAACCACUAUCCACAGCCACGCUUCUUACGUUUACCUGCAAUCAAGAGCAAGCAAAUGAGGUUGAUGGUCUUCUGCGACGUGCAUGCACUGCUGACAGUCUUCACGGGGGAACUAGACGACGCUCAUUAGGCCUCUUGUUCCCGAAGCGGAGCCACAGUAGAAAAUACUUUGGAAUGACGGUGGCCAGCAAACUCCAUUUUGACCUUUUUGUGAGCGUAUGGGAGCGGCACUUGUCGCGCUAU